AUAAGUGACCGGGUUACAGUGAAUGGUGCAAGAAUACAUUAUACAACUACAGGCCAUGGUAACCAUGUAGUGCUGUUACUUCCUGGAGCAUUAGGGUGUGCCAAAACAGAUUAUGAACCUCAGUUAAAUGGUAUGAAAAAAGACAAGUUUUCAAUGAUCUGUUUUGACCCUCGAGGUUAUGGUAAAAGUCGACCUCCAGAUCGUGACUGGCCAGCAGAUUAUUUCAGGAGGGAUGCAGAAGAUGCAGUUGGCUUGAUGAAGAAACUGUCUAUCAAGAAGUUUUCAGUAUUAGGUUGGAGUGAUGGAGGUAUAACAGGAUUGAUUCUAGCUGGUCAGUACCCUGAUUUAGUCAAACAUCUGGUAGUCUGGGGCUCCAAUGCUUACGUAGCUCCUGGGGAUGUGCCCCUUUUUGAAGGAAUGUCAGACAUAGACACAUGGAGUGAGAGAAUGAGACAGCCCUUCUUGGAAGUCUACGGUGAAAAAUAUUUCCGAGCUCAGUGGCAGAAUUGGGUGAAGGCGUAUUGUCGUUAUUAUCAUGAGAAGGGAGGUGAUAUUUGUAAAGAAGACAUCAAAAAAAUCAAAUGUCCAACUUUAAUUGUUCAUGGUGAGAAAGAUCCCUUGGUUAGUCCAGAACAUCCGAGUUAUCUUCAUUCUAAUAUUCCACACGCAAAACUACACUUGAUGCCUGAAGGAAAACAUAAUCUACACAUGAGAUUUGCAGCAGAAUUCAACCAAAUCGUGGAGAAGUUUUUAGAAGAAACGUAA